CAUGCAUCCUACAGGACAUGCGUCUUUGAUAAUCUCUUGGUGACGUUGCGGGACGCUCGAACCUUGUCAUGAUGUGUUUGUACUACAUUUGCACGUCCGGGAAGUGAGAGUGAAAUCCUUUGUCGCCAACUGACAGUAUUACCUUGAUUUUUUGCCCUCGAAAAUAGCUGCGUCAACAACCAAGAUCUAACUACAAUAAGACCGUAACAUCCUUACCUCAUUCAAGAAACCAAAUAUCGCAUCACCAGCCGGGCACUAUCGCAAUGGCGGAAGUUCGCAAUAUCGUCAUCCUGGGGGCUUCAUUCGCAGGGUUGGGAACUGCCCAUUAUGUCUGCAAACACAUCUUGCCCAAGCUUUCCGCCGUCGAGAACGUCAAAUAUGUCCUCCACAUCGUCAGUCCUUCGACACAUUUCUGGUGGAACAUAUCUGCGCCUCGCGCCAUAGUAUCCGUGGAGGAGAUUAAACAUGAGAAGUACUUUGUGCCCGUCAUGGACGGCUUCAAGCAAUACACCGACCUCCAAGAUUCCAUCUCCUUUCACCAUGGCACCGCAACCGCCAUGGAUCUCAAGAAUCGCACCGUCACCGUCACCCUACCAAAUGAUGAAAUCGAGGAGCUGAACUACUACGCUCUCAUAAUCGCCACAGGAGUUCGCUCACCAACUCCUUUGACAACCUUACAUGGCGACCACACAAUCUCCACCACGGCUCUGGAAAAUAUGAAUGUCAAGUUGACCACGGCUCAAGACGUCGUCAUUGGUGGUGGUGGGCCCGUGGCUGUAGAGACUGCUGGCGAGAUCGGCAGCCGCUUCCAGGGCCGCAAUGCGAAAGUCACAUUAAUCACUGGAGCAGAAAAACUCCUCCCUCAAUUGUCUCAAGCCCGCGCGACCAAGGCCGAGGGCUUGCUCAAGAAAGUGGGCGUUACAGUCCGAUACAGCACCAAAGUCAGCAACUCCCGGGAUACCGAGGAUGGCAAGGUUGAGGUCACAUUGGACGAUGGGACCGUUUUGCACUGCGAUGCCUACAUUCCGGCCUUCGGCGUUGUGCCUAAUACCGAAUUCCUUCCCGCUCAGCUGAAAUCCGCCACGGCCCAUGUUGCCACCACUGAGUCCACUCUGCGCGUCGAUGCCGCCGGUCCGCGGGUGUAUGCGGCGGGUGACGUGGCCGGUGUUGACAAUGGCGGUGUGAUCAACAUGUACACUUCCCUGCCUGUGCUGGGCGCCAACCUCGCCCACGACCUCUUUGAGGAUGCCAAAGUGGGCAAAUUCUCCGAGAGAAAAUACGCCUUCAAGCCCCACGGGACGCACGUCGUUCCGAUCGGACCCAAGACCGGCGUGGGCGCGGUCUAUGGCUUUGGACUGCCGGGCUUCGUUGUGGCCUUCGCCAAGGGAAAAGAUUAUCUGGGUGGAAACAUUUCCGAGUUCAGCGAAGGCAAGAAAUUUACAAAGGCAUAAAAGGAGGCUCUGGUGUCGAGCAAUGUUACGAGUGGAUAGGUCGUGUUUGUUGGAAGAAUACCCCAUGUCGGAAGAAGGAUUGCUAUCUUCACGACAAGUGAUCUUGGAAUAGUGUAUGAAGAUGAGAGUACUAAUAAUCUUGAGAGCAUAAUGAUUGACCACAAUACCAACGAGCAGGAUCAAGCAUCGUCAUCCGUUUUUCAAGUCGAAAGUCUCA